CGGCACGUGUACUUGUGGCCGGCGGAAGAGCCCGGAAAACGGGGGAGAAAAGAGUCGUGGGAAGCUUGCAAUCAGUUCCUCAUCCUGGGUUUCCUCUCAUGUUACCGGUUGAGUAUGGAUUACCUGUCUAAACCCAGCCUUCUGAGCGUAAUUACUGGCAUCACCUGCGGGGUGUGCUUGGGUUGGCACCUCCGAGCCCGAUUCUUCCGGCCGCCCAAAAGCCGAACGGCUGCGGUUCCCAACGAGCUGGGCGACGAAAGCAGCGUAAUGGGCGAAUCGGGAGAAUUUAAGAUGGUGAUUGUUGUCCGGAACGACUUGAAGAUGGGGAAGGGCAAAGUGGCCGCCCAGUGUUCCCAUGCGGCGGUUUCAGCCUACAAGCAAACUCAGCGCCGAAACCCCGAGCUCUUGAAGCAGUGGGAGUAUUGUGGGCAACCGAAGGUGGUCCUCAAGGCACCCGAUGAGGAAACUCUCCUUCAGCUCCUCAGCGAAGCUAAAGAACUGGGACUGACAGUGAGCUUAAUCCAGGAUGCUGGCCGGACUCAGAUCGCGCCGGGUUCUCGGACUGUCCUCGGGAUUGGACCAGGACUGGCUGAGUUGGUGGAUAAAGUUUCUGGUCAUUUGAAACUCUACUGAUCGUCCUCCCGGAGGGCAAGAUGGAGGUCGAGUGUGUGACGUUAAAACCAAAAGAAAAACCAACAGGCUCUCAGAACAGCCUGUUGCAGCUGGCAUGAUAGCACAGCGUAGCUUAGAGGGCAUGUAAGGAAAGAAGGCUAAGCCAAAAUAAUGAUCAUUAAAUACAAUCAUGAUCCCCCC